GGUUUUCCUGCUUUGAGUAGCAGGAACCUGUGUUGAAUCUCAGGCGAACAUGAAGCCGCAUCCUCGCGUUACUCGGACAAAGUGGGCUGACAGACUGGACGCUGAGCCGGAACGUUCCGGUAAAUGCAGCUGGCAUCGAGACGAGAAGAAGAAACUUCUUGUUGCCCUUAAAGGACUGAGUAGCAGGACCGCCGCAGGAAAAACAGACAUCGACUGUGCCUUCCUGAGAAAACACCUGCCUACUCGGUCCCUUUCAGAGAUCCAGUCUGUGGUUGAACUUCUGAAGAACAAAGUGCUCUUAAAUGCCAGGUUGAAGCUGAAAAGGCAAAGGAGGGAGGAGAGGAACGUUAGAAAACCCAUUGAGGAGUGGACAUACAUGGCCUCUUCUUUAGUGGGAACCCUUGAGGAAACUAUUUCCACUGCUUUCUCUCAGAUGCUGAUCGUGUCUUCUACAGAGCCUUGCACUUUGAGAAAUGGUGACCCUCCCCAGGUGCACAGACCACCCACAGAUGGUCUUACCAUCCCUUUGAGGCCAAUACCGGUGCCAGUGCAAGGUGCGCAUCGGUACACAAAGGCAGUCCAGUCACCCAAGACUCCAGCACCAACCACAAGGCCAUCCAAAACACCGCCAGCACCAUCUCAAACUGCAUCUCUGACAGCGACGCCAGAGAAAGGACCGCUUCAACCCCCUUCUAGGUCUUCGACAUCUCCAAGUCUUAGCAGGUCAAUAAACAAGACCACUCAGCAGCCCACCGAGUCACAGCCCACCACCGUCGCCAUCACCUCCACCUCUCAGUCUUUGUCUUCCAGCCUUAAUGUGCCCGCCUCUUGCUCUGCCACUACCCUUACUUCAGUCCCCCGUUCUGUAUUAUCCACUGCUGCCUCUUCAGCCAUUUCCAGCUGCUCCACACCCACUACUCUCCCACAGUCCGUCUCCGCCACAGCAUUUCAUGCCAAGUUUGGUCGGACCAGCAAAUAUGCCACAAAAGACAUGUUUGGUGUCAAGUGUGUAGUGGACUUUGAGAGGAUCUAUGGCUUCUUAAGUACAGUUCAAAAACCGAAUCAGGAUUGUCAACUCACUCCCAUGGAGAGUGCCAUAGUGUUGGACCUUUUAAUGUCUCUCCCAGAGGAGCUUCCCCUGCUAGAUUGCAACAAACUGCACAAACAUAUGAUCCAGAUGUACCAGUGUCUCUCUGCCCCCGCUGACUCUAACACGACAAGAAGAAGGUUUCAAGAACUGGAUGAUGAACUUUUUACUCAGUUAAAGGCACUGGUUCCUCAAGACCAUCAGACUCCUACAGGAACUACCGACAGCACUAACGUCACGGACGGUGAAGGAAAGAAGUCACUGAUGCACAAAGCCGACAGCCAAUCAACACAGAGCUCUACCACAUCUAGCAAAUUAGAUUAUUCAAAUGUGACACCCCCUCAUCUUAACCCUUUUAUUGUGCCGCUGACACUGUUAAAGCGUAGACAGGAAUCCAUAAUUAUUUAGACGUUGUUGUUGUAGUGAUUUUAAACCCAUUACUGAGCUUUCAGCUCAUCACAGUAUGUUAAGUGUCAAAAGCUCCUGCUAAUUGAUUUUCUUUAUUUGUUUGAAUUACGUGGGUUCUUAUUUCAAACUUUCGAGCUGUAUCAUUCAUGCAAAGCUGUUCUUUCAGCUCAUUAUGUUAGUACAGUUAAACAAAUGCAUUUGGGACAUUUAGCUUCUUUUUUUUAAUUGAAAUGUUUCCUGCAGAUAACUGUUUGACUUUUUAAUCUAACUAAACAACACUUCCAAACAGCACUUUCAGAUCUUUCAUCUAUGAGAAUGGCUGAAUGUAAUAAAACUAUAUUAAGUAUUCCCUCGCCUACCCAAACCCUUUAAUUCAGGUGUUCCGAUCACUUCCACGAACACAGCUGUAUAAAAUCGAGCUCCAGGCCUGCAGACUGGUUCUACGUUUGUGAAAGAAUGGGUCGCUGUCAUGAGCUCAAUACAUUCCUGCGUGGUAUCAUUACAGGAUGCCUGUGCAAUGCUGAAUAUUCCAGUCUGCCAGUAGUAUAACAAAGUGAAAACCACUGGGAAUGAAAGCCUUCAAAUGAGCUUGAGAGCAGCACUUAGACGGCUUCAUUGAACGGGUUUCCGUGGCUGAUCAGCUGCAUCCGAGCCUUACAUGAAAGGUUUUGGAUACAGUGGUGUAAAGCACUGGACUCCAGAGGACACGUGUUCUCUGGAGUGAUGAAUCACACUUCUACGUCUGGCAGUUUGGGUACAGGAGUCUGGAUUUGGGGAUUGGAGAACAGCGGACCUGACUGAAUUAUGCCUGCCUAUUCAGCAGCUGCUGGGACCUGGAGGAGGAAGAGCAAUAGAUAUGCAGCUCAUUGACCUGCCAACAGUUCUGUUCAGCACUGUCUACAGAAAGCAUUGUAAAUAAAAUAUCAGCAUAUUUUGAUAAAUGCAAAAAAGUACAGGAAGUUGGAAACGUAAUUUUAUUAAGUAGACCUGGGUUUGAAUGGUAGUGUCACAAAUGUAAAAAAUCCAUGAUAUAAAAAAUGAAAUUAAUACAAUGGAUAUUCUGUCCUCACAACUGUUUGAGAAAUGUUAGUUAAAAAAGUUCAAUAAACCUG